UCAAACUGACAGUUCGUAUAUUUACUUUUGGAAUGUCCGUAAAAUAUAUCGACGUGAAUUAAAACCCGGAUUUAAAUGAUGCAACCGACGGCGAGCGUGCAGAACAACGCGGAUCUGCCGCCCGAGCUGCUGGCCAAACCGCUCGCUUUGGUGGGUGUAUCCGGACUGGACACAAUUAAUAAUGCAGUGCACAAAACUAUUUGGGAUUUGUUCAGCGGCAGCAGACGCCUGGACCGGGCCCCCGUCCAGUUUAAACUUAUCAGUAAUUCGCACGAGUUCCCCGUCAUCAAACCCAAAAGGAAUUCCUAUGACUGGUACAUACCGAAGGGUAUACUGAAAAGGAACUGGAUGAACAAGCAUUUAAACGAAAUACCGGCCGUUAUUGUUAUUUUUUAUGACUUGGACUGGAACGAUGCGUACUGGAAUGAAAAGGUUAUUGAGUGUGCAUCCAGGGUGCAAUCUAUGAGGGCUGCUUUGGAAGGGAGAAGUACCAGAAUUGUGGUGGUUCUUAUACAAAAUGUGCAACCAAUUCCAGCUAGUGAAGAUACAUUAGCAGCAGAUAGGGCAACACAACUUUGCUCAAGUUGUGAACUUAACUCAACAUCCUUGUUUGUUUUACCUCAUAGAGACCAUUUGCAAGGGUAUAUUUUGAGAUUGGAAAACGCCUUCUAUGAAUUGGCCCAAAGUUAUUACCUUAAUAAUGCUAAAAGUAUUAAAUCACAUAAGGAACAUUUAAAUAAAAACAACCUUCAGUAUUUACAUAUCAGACACCAGUUUAAAAUGGGUUUCCUGUUUGAAUUGAAGCAAGAUAUUCAUCAAGCACACAGGCAUUACACUCAUGCAUAUAAUAAUUUAUUGGAGAUCAGGAUUGUUGAUACAAAUGCUUUAGAAAUUAGAACUAUUGCAGGAUUUAUAAACUACAAACUGUGUAGAUUAUUGUUUGCUAUUAACCUGCCAAGAGAUGCCAUACAACAUUUUAAAUCACAUAUUGAUAGAUUUAAAAACAGAAUUGGGUUUCAAGAGUUGGCUUUUGAACAUUAUGCUUGGUUAUCCAAUCAAUAUGCAGUUUUUGGUGAUAUAUUUGAUGAGGCUGUGAAAAUGGGUCUUCCUGCUGUUCAGAUCCAACAUCCAGGACUGUACUAUCAACAGGCAGCACAAUUUGCAAUACUACGCAAAAAGAGUUGUCAAGAAUUGUGUAUGGGUGUGUUGUCUUAUCCAUCUCCUGAUCCUCUAGAAGGUGGUAACACAAUGGAGUUCUUUGGUCAAAGGCCUUGGAGACCAGGUAAAAUAUCUUCUGAGCCUCCAGACCCACAGAUUGAAAGGAAUGGCAUUCAGGCUCUACAGUUUUUGGAAAAGGCUGUGAAUCACUCUAAUAUAAUUAUAGCACUUUAUGGACUAGCUAUUUCCCAGUACAAAACAUACAGAUGUCCUAGGACUAGAAGACAACUGGUCUUGGAAAUGGCAGACGAGUAUUACAAUUCAAAAGAUUAUGGAAAAGCUUUAACACUACUAACACACAUGCUGUGGGACUUUAGGGCAGAACAGUGGUGGAAAUUAUUAUCUGACAUUUUGGAUAAAGCCAUAAAAUGCGCAUAUUUAACAGCGAAUUUACAAGACUACAUAAGUUUAGCGUUUGAACUUCUCGGGUGUAACGUUAACUUAGCUGUCGAGGAAAAACGGCGUAUUUAUGAGAAUUUGCAACGAAUUUUAAAGAAACAAAUGCCUUAUGGCGAUCCGAAAUUGCCCCACGAUACUUUACAAGACGCCAUAAUAAUUUGGCAGCCCGUGUUCAACAACACUCUUACUUUCCAAUUGGAUAUGUCCAAUAUUACAACUUGUAUAGAGGCCAAAGCGAAAUUCCUGAAGUCUUCCUUUGAAGUCGAUCAAAAAGUCAUUGUAGAGAUUUAUAUUAGAAAUACUUGUCCUUUCCCCAUGGCGUUCACGGCUUUAUCUGUCUCUGUUAUUAGUCCAUCUGUUACAUCUGAAUAUGCUGUAGAAAUCAAAAAUAAUUCAGCUCUGUUGUUUCAACACGACGAGGUCAAACGGUUCGAAGUCCAAUUUAUGGCGGAUCCUAACGACAUUAAUAAACAACUACAAAUAGGCCACAUUAACCUGUCAAUGGGCCACAUGGCCGAGUGUCACGUCGACCUAAAACUGAGCAACGGCAAGAUGAGCAACAGUUUAUUGUUCUUCCGGCCGAACCUCGACACGUCCAAUUUCGACAACGUUAUACCUUUAAGUUUCGCUACAAUCGUACCCCGAUAUUCGAAACUGAAGGUCAAUUUUGAGCACAAUCAACCGGCACUUUUGGGCGAAUGGUACGAGAUCAAGAUCCAAGUCGACAACGACGAACAGCACAGCAUCAACGACUUCAAAAUUGAGGCGUCUUUAGUCAACGAGGACACACCUGAUGUUGAGUUUUCGUUGGUUCCCACCGGAGUAGUGGAAAAAAUACCGGUGGCGUUGAAGGCUCCGGAAUUCCUGCCCUUAAAGGGUAAAGUGACCGCCUCUAUUUACUUGCGUGGCCACAAAUCGGGCGAAAAACAUGUGGAGAUCAAAAUAACGUACACGUUAAACCGUAACCUGCCGGUGGUUAGUAUUAAGAAGGAACUGAUCCGUCUGCCUUUCGUCCAGCCUUUCGAAGUUAAGACCAAGUUUCUGUCCAUGCUGAUGGCGGACGUGAAGAAGGUUUACGUCGGCGAAAGCUUCGGAGUUAUGCCCACCGUCCACUGCAUCUCUCCCUGGCCCAUACAUAUUGAAACCACAUAUUUGGAUUUUCUUCCGCCUGUUCAGUCGUACGAAACACAAGCGGCUAGUCAAAUUGGAGGGCAUGUUUUAGACUGUAAUGAAGUUGGGGCGGAAUUAUAUCUGGCCAUCUGUGAUAAACCCUCUGAUCAAAACGUACAAAUUGGACAGUAUAAUAUUAAAUGGAAACGUGAAAAUGGCAAGGAAUUCACAACCAGUCGCACGACGAUAUUGGGUUUACCGUGCGAGUGGAUACCGUUAGAUAUAAAACUAGAUGCACCUGCCCACGGUUUAGUGCGCACGCCAAUGCUAAUAAAUUAUGAAAUCACCAACCGAUCCCAUCAAUUAAUUCAACUCGACGUUGCAAUGGAAGCAACUGAGGCUUUCAUGUUUGCCGGCUAUAAACAAUUCUCGGUGUCGAUUUUGCCGCUAUCAAAAAGAAAACUACAGUACAAUUUGUAUCCAUUGUUGGCUGGUAGUGUGGCUUUACCCAAAUUAACUCUCACCAUUCCAGAUAAAAGCCCUGAAGGACCAGUUAUAAGGGAAGAUCAACUGAAGGCACUUCUUGAAAGGGCUCUACCUACUCACUUGUAUGUUAUGCCUCAAGCAAAAGGGAAUCCUGUGUCGCAGGCAGUUCAGCUUACUAUUUAAAUUACAUUCAUUGUAUUAAAAUUUUUGUUAAUUGCUAAUUAAAUUAUAUAAUUGUUUUGUAUCUAAUACAUUUUUAUAUAAGCUGUA